UGUCGGACCGCGAGCGGAACCUGCUGGUGUACAUGUACCUGCCUGAAGCCAAGGAGUCCUUCGGGGGGCUGCGGCUGCUGCGCCGCGCCGACUUCCACGUGGGCGCGCACGUCAACACCUUCUGGCGCACGCCGUGCCGCGGGCACGCCGAGGGGCCCAACCGGCGCAGCAGCACCUGGGAGAACAAGCACAUCACCUGGUUCGCGACGCUGGACGGGGGCCUGGGGCUGCUGCUGCCCAUGCAGGAGAAAACCUACAGGAGAUUGCUGAUGCUGCAGAACGCGCUCAGCUCCGCCCUGCCGCACCUGGCCGGCCUCAACCCCCGCGCAUUCAGGCUGCUGCAGUCGGAGCGCCGUUUGCUGCAGAACGCCGUGAGGAACGUGCUGGACGGGGAGCUGCUGGGCAGGUACCUGUACCUGAGCGCCAUGGAGAGGGCGGAGCUGGCCAAGAAGAUCGGCACCACACCUGAGAUCAUCCUGGACGACCUCCUGGAGAUCGACCGAGUCACCGCCCACUUCUGAGGGACCCAAAAUCCCAAAAAAUCCCCCCAAAAACAACUUCUAAAAAAUCCCAAAUCCCCCCCCCCAAAAAAAAAUCUCCCA